CAUCUGCACUAUCCACACUCUGUCUGUGUCUACAGUGUGUGGUAGAGAGAGAAAGGAACUGGCGGCAGAAUCUGUGACGAUUUAAAAGGGUAACCCAAUAUCCCAAUACCCAGUAAUUACUGGUCAGGUGGUCGUUGUUCGACGAUCUUUCGGUUCCAUCUGGUGGGAUUUCAAAAGGAAGAAUUACAUAUGUUUUGCUUACUUAAUCCGUCCUCUUCUGCUGUUUCUCACACCGUUUCAUGGUCCAGUGAAGAAGAAGAAGAACACGGAAAGAAAAGCUGAGGAGGUAAUAGAAGAAGAAGAAAAAGAAGAGCAAGAAACGAAAAGAGGAAAAUUGUGAUUUUCUUUCUAGAAGAGAGGAAGGAUGGGCAUUCCUUCCGACGACAUGGUUAUCAUUAGGCCGCCAGAUAAGGAAGGUGAUCCCAGUGUCAUCACUGUGAACUGCCCAGACAAAACUGGUUUGGGUUGCGACCUCUGUCGUUUAUUGCUUUUCUUUGGGUUGAAUAUCGUAAAAGGAGAUAUUACAACGGAUGGGAAAUGGUGCUACCUUGUCUUCUGGGUUGUCGGAAUACCCACCACGAGAUGGGAUUUAUUGAAAAGGAGACUGGUUGGAGCGUGCCCUUCGUGUAAUUCUGCUUCGGAAAUUUAUUAUUACAGAUCGGAGUUGCAGCAGAAGAAGCCUCCUGAUGUUUUCCUCUUGAAGUUCUGUUGCUUUGAUCGGAGAGGCCUCUUGCACGAUGUCACCGAAGUCCUCUGCGAGCUUGAGCUCAUAAUCAGGAAAGUCAAGGUAUCAACCACCCCAGAUGGAAGAGUAAUGGACCUUUUCUUCAUCACAGACACCAGGGAACUUCUGCAUACAGAGAAGAGGAAGGAGGAUACUCGUGAUCGUUUGAGAGGGGUUUUGGGGGAUGCAAUGAUCAGUUGUGAGAUAGAAUUGGCUGGUCCUGAAAUUGCAACAUGUUCACAUGGUUCUUCAUUUCUCCCUGUUGCAGCCAUGGAAGAGAUGUUUAGGUUAGAGCUUACCAAAGAACUUCAAAGUGGGUUUGCAACUGCCAACAAUGUUUCUAUUAUGAUGGACAAUUCCCUCAGCCCUUCUCACACACUCAUUCAAAUCAAUUGCCAAGAUCACAAAGGUCUCCUCUAUGACAUUAUGAGAACUUUGAAGGACUAUAAUAUACAGACUUCUUUUGGCCGUUUCAACAUGAAUGAAAGAGGACAAUGUGAGGUGGAUUGGUUCAUAAUGCAAGUAGAUGGAAAGAAGCUAGUUGAUCCAAGCAAGCAGGAUGCAGUGAGGUCUCGCCUUUUGAUGGAGCUGUUUCGUCCUCUAAGAGUAGCUGUGGUUAGCCGAGGUCCUGAUACAGAACUUCUAGUUGCAAACCCUGUAGAGUUAUCUGGGAAGGGUCGGCCUCUUGUCUUUCAUGACAUCACCCUUGCACUCAAGAUACUCAAUACAUGCAUCUUCUCGGCUGAGAUUGGGAGGAACGUGAUUGGGGAUCGGGAGUGGGAAGUUUACAGAAUCCUUCUUGAUGAAGGGGAUGGACCUUCAGUGCCAAGGAAGAAGAUCAAAGAGGAAGUUACAAAGAUGUUGAUGGGUUGGAAGUGAAUGCUGUCCCAAGUAUUUGUAUGAGCUUCUCCAAUCCACUCUACAGUUUACCUUUUCUUGCCCCUUGUUGAGCCCAGGUUGAUUGUCUAUAGAAGCAGUAGGUACUAAAUGUUGACAUAUAUGUUGUGAUUGGGAAGCUAUUUUAUAGUUGAUAGCAUCUUAUGGUAGGUACUUGGCUGUACAGAAGAGAGAUGAUGAUUAGAAAUGAGAUGGAACAGUAUUAGCUCCUAUGGCAUUGUAUAUAAAAUGAAAUAAAUCUGAGAUUUCUAUUUAUGUUCUUUA